AUGAAAUCGUUCGUUGUUAAUGACAUCGAAAAUAACAGGCUGGUGGUAAAAGUACUGACCGUGGCGAUGGCUACGGGGCCGGCAUUGUGUAUAUAUAGGGGUGCCAAAGAAAGCACUUCAGUCUACUGGUGAACGUCCUUAGAAUAAUCAAUUAUGCUGCGCAUAGUUGUGUUGUGCACGGUAGUAGUUGCGGCAGCGGCACAAUUUCAACCCCAGGCAGCGGGAAGAAUCUUGGAACCCCCGGUUCCUGCACUUUGCGCGCAAAGAGUAAUUCACGAACGCUUCAAUGGCAAAGGCUACUAUUAUUCGUGGGCCGAUCAGCGAACUAAUGGCAAAGAAGUCGACUGGUUGGCUGGCAGAAACUUCUGCAGACAGCGAUGCAUGGACCUUGUCUCUCUAGAAACUUCACCUGAAAACGAAUUCAUCAAGAGUCGAAUAGUAAAAAAUAAUGUCAAAUAUAUUUGGACAUCUGGACGGCUCUGCGACUUCAAGGGCUGCGACAGACCGGAUCUACAACCCUUGAAAGUCAACGGGUGGUUCUGGACAGCAGAGUUGCAAAAAUUGGCGCCAACUAUUGACCGUGAACAAAACGACUGGUCUCCGAGCGGCGGCAUCGGCCAACCUCAGCCAGACAACCGUGAAGCUCUCCAAGGCGGGGCCCCUGAAAAUUGUUUGGCAGUAUUAAAUCAAUUCUACAACGAUGGAGUAAACUGGCACGACGUCGCCUGUCAUCACGUCAAGCCCUGGGUGUGCGAGGAGAACGAAUCACUCCUGAAAUAUGUCCGUUUCAUCAGCCCCAACCUUCGCGUAUAAACGAUUUCCAACAAAAUGUAAAUUUAACAAUACGAUAUCAAAUUCACCUCCACAAACGAUGUGACUGAAUAGUAUGUAUGUUGGCUAUAUGUAUAUUUAUUGCAUUCAUAACUCAGGCAAAUCAAUCGUUUUUACGUAGAAAAUAAAUGUAAGAUUUGCCAGGAGUAUUCGCUAUAACGUAGCCGAAUUUUCAAAUAAUCCCUAUUCUCACUUAACUAAAAUCAACUAAUCCAAAUAUUUCGAAUAAAACCACUCUAUAAGACUUUUGAAA